UCCGGCUUUUCUACUGAACGUCUCCGUUUAUAUACCUUAAUUUCUUCUCCUUUCAUUACCUCUCCCUUCCUCUUCAUCCCUUCUGCCGCAACUUCUUUAUCAGCAUCAAUUUCUUUAUGCUGUCUAUAAAUCGUUUAGUUACGGGCCCGGGCUUCUAGUUUGCUGCCCUUGCUUGGGCAGUUGGGCCCGUACUCCUAGCAACCGGACUGCUGAAUCCACGACCAUACAGAUUACAGCUAGAUGAGAGAAAAAAAAAACAAAAGAAAAGAAAAAAGGAAGAAGGGUUUUGCUAGGGCUUAGAAUUUUGAAAUCUAGAACUUGUGUGAAUCAGCUGGACAAGAUGAAUCGGUUACUGAGAUAUGGUUCCUCUUCUUCCGCCAGAAAUUCUCUCAUUCGGAUCGUAUCAGUUGCGGCUCUCGGGUCAGGCCUCUUAUAUGCAAACAGCGAUUCGUAUUAUCGAAUAAGGGUUACUACGUCAAUUCAUGCACCAUCCCGCGAAUCUCUAUCACUUCUGCCAUGGAGUUUAUCGGAAAAUUUGAGUCCUCGCCCGUCGUUUUUCUCUGCUGAGCAAUGGCAAUUUGGAGAUCUUCGAUUAUUUUCUUCUCAAGUUAGUCCUGUUCUAUCGGAGGAUAUAAGGAAAGAAGCUCCAGGAGGGGAAGGAGACAGUGCAAAACAGUAUGUUCGAUAUAUUGGCAGGGACACUAUUGCUGCUGCAGCGGCUAGGGUUGGUCCUGCUGUUGUUAACAUAUCAGUCCCGCGAGGUUUGUUUGGAAUUACCAUCAGAAAGAGUAUAGGGUCUGGAACCAUUAUUGAUGACGGUGGCACUAUUCUGACUUGUGCUCAUGCUGUAGUUGAUUUUCCACUUCCUGCCAUGAGAAUUAUAUCUAAAGGGAAGGUUGAAGUAACUUUACAAGAUGGUCGGACAUUUGAGGGUACAGUGGUGAAUGUUGACCUUCAUUUAGAUAUUGCAAUUGUAAAGAUCAAUUCUAGCACUCCACUUCCAUCAGCAAAGCUUGGUUCGUCCAGUAAGCUUCGCACUGGGGAUUGGGUGUUAGCCAUGGGAUCCCCCCAUUCCCUUCAGAAUACAGUAACAGCUGGUAUUGUUAGCUGUGCUGAUCGUAAAAGUAGUGAUUUGGCCCAUUUGGGUAUUGGGCAUUUGGGUAUCGGGAGACAACAAAGAGAAUACAUACAGACGGAUUGUGCAACCUAUCCGGGCAAUUCUGGAGGACCUCUUGUAAAUAUCGACGGAGAAGUUGUUGGAGUUUACACUUUGAAAGCGAUGUCUGCAGAUGGAUUGGGCUUUUGUGUACCAAUUGAUGCAGUUUCAAAAAUUAUAGAGCACUUCAAUAAGAGUGGGAGAGUUAUUCGGCCAUGGCUUGGAUUAAAAACGGUCGAUCUUAAUGAGAUGCUUAUUGCCCAGCUUAAAGAAAAGGAUGCUAAAUUCUCUAAUGUUAGCAGUGGUGUUCUUGUACAGAUGGUGGCUCCUGAUUCCCCAGCUGAUCGUGCUGGAUUUCGUCAUGGUGACGUUGUCAUCGAAUUUGAUGGGAUGCCUGUUAAAAGCUGCAAAGAGGUAAAUCUCCAGAUAGUUGAAAUAAUGGAGGACAGAAUUGGAGUGCCGUUGAAGGUCGUUGUGAAAAGAGCAAAUGAUAAUGUGGUGACUUUGACUGUAGUUCCAGACGAAGCAAAUCCAGAAACAAGGGGAAAGCAAAAACACUUAGUUUUGAGGGGUGUGACUAUGCGGGGCAACGUGGGUGUAGUUCAAAAGGGCCAGAGUGCAACUAAAAUUCACCCUAAGAAAUUGCUUAAUUACGGGCUCGGGCUCGGGCUCAUAAAAUCUAGAACUUGUGCAAUGGACAAGAUGAAUCAACUACUGAGAAAUGCUUCCUCUUCUUCAGCCAGAAAUUCUCUCAUUCGGAUAGUAUCAGUUGCGGCACUUGGAUCAGGCCUCUUUUAUGCAAACAGCGAUUCGUAUUCUCGAACAAGGGUUACUGUGUCAAUUCAUGCACCAUUCCGCGAAUCUCUAUCACUUCUGCCAUGGCACUUAUCGGGAAAUUUGGGUCCUCGCCCGUCAUUCCUCUCUUCCAAACAAUGGCAAUUUGGAGAUAUUCCAUUAUUUUCUUCUCGAGUUAGUCCUGCUCCAUCUGAAGAUAUAAGGAAGGAGGCUCCUGGAGGGGAAGGAGAUGGUGCAAAAAAGUAUGUUGGAUAUAUUGGCAGGGACACUAUCGCUGAUGCAGCGGCUAGGGUUGGUCCUGCUGUUGUUAACAUAUCAGUUCCACAAGGCUUCCGUGGAAUUACCACCGGGAAGAGUAUAGGGUCUGGAACCAUCAUUGAUGCCAGUGGCACUAUUCUGACUUGUGCUCAUGUUGUAGUUGAUUUUCAAGGCAUGAGAACUACCUCUAAAGGGAAGGUUGAUGUAACUUUACAAGAUGGUCGGACAUUUGAGGGUACAGUGGUGAAUGCUGACCUUCAUUCAGAUGUUGCAAUUGUAAAGAUCAAUUCUAGGACUCCACUUCCAGCAGCGAAGCUUGGUUCGUCCGGUAAGCUUCGCCCUGGGGACUGGGUGUUAGCCAUGGGAUGUCCUCUUUCCCUACAAAAUACAGUAACAGCUGGUAUUGUUAGCUGUGUUGAUCGUAAAAGUAGUGAUUUGGGUAUUUGGGGACAACAAAGAGAAUACUUACAGACGGAUUGCGCAAUAAAUGCGGGCAAUUCUGGAGGGCCUCUUGUUAAUAUUGACGGAGAAGUUGUUGGAGUUAAUAUUAUGAAAGUGUUGGCUGCUGAUGGAUUGAGCUUUUCUGUACCUAUCGAUGCGGUUUCAAAAAUUAUAGAGCACUUUAAUAAGAGUGGGAGAGUUAUUCGGCCAUGGCUUGGAUUAAAAAUGGUCGAUCUUAAUGAGUUGAUUGUUGCCCUGCUUAAAGAAAGAGAUCCCAAAUUCGCUAAUGUUAGCAGAGGUGUUCUUGUACAGAUGGUAACUCCAGGAUCCCCUGCCGAUCGGGCGAGAUUUCAGCCUGGUGAUGUUGUCAUCAAAUUUGAUGGGAAGCCUAUUGAAAGCGUCAACGAGAUUAUAGAAGUAAUGGGGGACACAGUCGGGGUGCCCCUGAAGGUAGUUGUGAAGAGAGAAGAUAAUGUGGUGACCUUGACUGUAGUUUCACAGGAGGCAAAUCUGGCUGUGUAAACAAGUUCUUUUUUUGUUUUGGC